AGAGUGACGGCUGCGGUGGGAGCCCGCCUGGUCAGGGGCAGAGGUGCUUCGGGAGGAGGUGGCCUGUGACCUUUCCCGAAGGUGGUCCUGGGAUGCUCAUCCCAAAGCUGGAUGGGGAAUGUUGUCCCAAAAUGCUGCGUCCCCAGCCUCACUGGGGAGUGGCAUCAGCGCUGCUGAGCAGAGGGCCCCAGCCUGCUCUGGCUGGCUCCUGGCUGGAAGUUGGCCUGUGGAAUCGUUAACCAGGGAUGUCCAACCAGUGGAAUCUCUGACCGGGGGUGCAGGUGUCCGGGCACACAGGUGGGCACAAGGUGUGUCUGGGUUUGCCUGGACAGGGGAUGCCACAAACUCUUCUUUAUCUUCCACCACCGUCCACCCUCCUGUGCUAGCAGGGGGUUUGUAAAUCCUCACUUACCCUCACGUGAAAACACCUGGAAGACCACCGAGCUUUCUCCACUGACAUACAGAAGAAUAUAUGCUGACUCUGCUACAAACCACAAGAAAGAUGGCACUCAGCCAGCGUUCCUGAGUCACAAGGAUGGGGCCAGAUGUACCUCUGCUCAACGAUUACAAACAGGAGUUCUUCUUGAAGCGCUUUCCUCAGACUGUGCUGGGAGGUCCCCGGCUCAGAUUAGGCUAUUGUGCCCCUCCCUACAUAUAUGUGAACCAGAUCAUUCUCUUUCUGACACCAUGGGUUUGGGGAGGAGUAGGAACACUCUUGUACCAGCUGGGAGUCAUGAAGGACUAUUGCACUGCAGCACUGUCGGGAGGACUGAUGUUUGUCACUGCACUUGCUCUCCAGAUGACAAAUCUACAUGCAAAGCAGAAAACAGUGACAGUAGAGAGAAUGCAAAUUCAGAAUACCCUGACAGAUGAAGAUGAGUUUGAAUUUUCCAGCUGUGUAGGUUCAGAGACAGUAAAAUUUAUUAUUCCUGGCAAGAAGUAUAUAAUCAACACUGUAUUCCAUUCCCUUCUGGCAGGGGUAUUGUGUGGGCUGGGAACUUGGUAUUUGCUGCCAAACAGAAUAACCUUGUUGUAUAGCAACAUUGGAGGAACUGUUGUGAUCUUUGUAUUUGGAUGGGUGACCAUAUGUAUAGGAGAGUAUUCAUUAAUCAUAAACACAGCUACUGAAACAGCCACUUUCCAAGCACUGGAUACUUAUGAAAUCACUGCUCUGAUGAGACCUUUCUACAUUUUUGUCUUUAUUGCAGUGGAUCUUGCACACAGGUUUGCUGCCAACGCACCCAUUCUAGAACAGACAAACCAGAUUUUGCACAUCCUAUUUCUUUUCCUGCCAUUCUUGUGGGCAGUGGGAAUUCUGCCCCCGCUUGACGCACUUUUUCUGUGGGGAAUGGAACAACUGUUGGAGUUUGGACUAGGAGGUUCACCUAUGUCAAGUAACACAAAGUUAUUAGUAAUGUUUCUCAUUUCUGCUGGAACAGCAAUAGCAUCGUAUUUCAUUCCCAGCACUCUCGGUGUGAUCCUCUUCAUGACUGGAUUUGGGUUCAUACUGAGUCUUAACCUAAGCGAGAUUGGUUUUGCCUUCAAACACACCAUGAUCAGCCAUUUAGCCUCCAGCAAACCUAAAAAUAUGCACAGAGGUCUUAGGAUGCAAUUUGGGUGGAGGGAAUUUAUUUUCUAUUUGACUGUGUUGACAUUUGCCCUCACGGAAGCGAGUCUGCUGCACCGAUUUGCAGGCUCUUCAUCAUUCUCCCAGGCCAGUCCUCAGGCCAUAGCAAGUUACAUUCUGAUCCUAUUACUUAUAAUUAUGUGGAUUCUUAGAGAGAUUCAGAGAGUGUACUUGUUUGGAGUCUUCCGAAACCCCUUUUACCCAAAGGAUGUCAGGACUGUGACUGUGUUCAUGGAGAAGCAAAGAAGGCUAAUGAAAGUUGGUGUUGUCAGGAGGAUUUUACUAACACUAGUGUCUCCGUUUGCUAUGAUAGCGUUCCUGUCACUAGACCGUUCGCUACAAAACCUUCAUUCUGUGUCUGUUUGCAUUGGAUUCACGAGAAUAUUUAGGAUGGUCUGGCAGAAUACAGAAAAUGCCUUAUUGGACAUUGUGAUUGUGUCAAUAGCACAGAUGUUGGUGUUUAAUCCAGACCUCUGGUGGAACAGAAGCCUUGAUACAGGAAUCAGGCUCUUGCUGAUCGGUCUCCUCCGGGAUCGGCUGCUCCAGUUUGUGUCCAAGCUGCAGUUUGCCUUGGCCAUUCUCUUGACGUCGUGGACGGAGAAGAAGCAGCGCCGGAAAUCCACCGCCACCCUGAUCACCCUCAACGUGGUUUUCUUCCCCCUCCUGCUGACCCUCAUCGCCGUCUCCGCCCUCCUUUCCUCCCCGUUGCUGCCGCUCUUCACGCUGCCCGUGUUCCUGGUCGGGUUUCCCAGGCCUGUCCGGAGCUGGCCGGGACCUGUGGGUGCCACGGCCUGUGUGUGCCCCGACACCGUGUACUACCAGCAGCUGGUGCCCAGCCUGGCUGUGGCCCUGCAGUCUGCACUGGCCACUGGGAGCCUGGGUCUCUCUCUACCUGGAUCACAUUACUUGUGCCGCUUUCAGGACAGGCUGAUGUGGAUAUUGGUGCUGGAAAAAGGCUUCACGUACUGUGGUGUUAACAUUAAGGGGCUAGAACUGCAGGAAACAUCCUGUCACGCUGCUGAAGCUCACAGAGUUGAUGAAAUUUUUGAAAUGGCCUUUGAACAUCAGGAGCGCAGGAAGAUUCUCUCUCCCAAUCCCCAUUUUGGACACAUCCUGACUCCUUGUACUGUGGUACCUGUGCGGCUGUACUCCGAUGCCAGGAAUGUGUUAUCUGGAAUCAUUGACUCUCAUGAGAAUUUAAAGCACCUGAAAGAUGAUUUCAUUAAAGUGCUUGUGUGGAUGCUUGUCCAGUAUUGUUAUAAAAAAUCAAAGAUGUGGGAAAGCCCAGGCAGUGCCAACAAGAACAAACAAGGGUCAUUUCCAGAAAGUCAGCACAGCAGUGCAGUAGGAAGAUCCAGGGCUCCAAGGGAAGAUGACAGCUUUAGUAUGGAUACAGUGGAGGACUGGACUGAUGAUAGUGACAUUUUUGAUUUUGAACCCAGUGGCAGAACAAAAGACAGAAAAGAACCUGGGCAGUUGGGACUGACACCAAAAGUGCACCUGUCCAUUCCAGGGUCUGUGGAAACACAGAGCCAGGACUUCACAGGAGAAAUGUCACCAGAAGAUAAAUUGUACAGGGCUGUGGUGCUUGGGCUACCUGCUGUAGACAAAGGGAAACAGCCAGAGGUGUUGCCUCGGGUUGAAUUCAGUUGCUCUUACUCGGAGCUGUUGAGCAUCCCUGAGGAAUGGAGAACAGCACCGGUACCGCCUUCCAAAGUCAGUGAGAUGAGGCAGAGGUUUCCAGAGGAAUGGUACCACUUCGUUCUGAGUCAGCUGGACUUUUUCCAUCUGAAAGAAAAGCCUUCCAAUUUACUUGCAGACCUCAUGGAAGAUAAAGCUUUGAAGGACUUGUACAUCCAGGGAGUGCUGUCGUGUUGCUUUGGUCUGUUUGGCCUGGAUAACGCUGUGCCUGCCCCGAGCCACGUGUUCAGGGCCUACACUGGGGGCAUUCCCUGGUCUGUGGGUUUGGACUGGCUAACAGGCAAACCAGAGCUAUUCCAGCUGGCAUUAAAAGCAUUCAGAUACACUUUUAAACUUAUGGUGGACAAAGCCAGCCUGGGUCCGGUGGAGAACUUUGAAGAGCUGGUGAAUUAUCUGGAGGAAUAUGAGAGCGAUUGGUACAUUGGGCUGGUGUCAGACCUGGAGUGGCAGCAGGCAGUUCUGCAGGAAAAGCCAUACCUUUUCUCACUGGGGCAUGACCCAAGCAUGGGAAUUUACACCGGGCGAGUCCUCACCCUUCAGGAAUUGCUGGUGCAAGUGGGAAAGCUGAAUGCUGAGGCUGUCCGAGGUCAGUGGGCCAACCUGUCCUGGGAGCUGCUCUAUGCCACCAACGACGACGAGGAGCGGUACAGCAUCCAGGCACACCCGGUGCUGCUGCGCAACCUGACGGUGCAGGCUGCCGACCCGCCCCUGGGCUACCCCGUGUACUCCUCAGAGCUCCUGCAGCUCCCUCUGCUCUAGAAUGUCCUUUUCUUUUUUUAUUAUGACUGUUGGUAUUUUGUAUUUUUCACCUGCAUGUUGGGAAUCAAAUGCUCGUGCUCCAUUUGUGCACUACAGAUCAGGUUUUUGUCUCGGUGGCGAUGCCAGGCCGGCACAUGUCCUUGGCACAGAGAUGGUGCUGGCCAGAACCUUCAGCAGGCAGGAAGCUUGGAAUUGUUUUCCUGCUGCUGGAAUGUGAGACACCAUUGCCUGUGUGGCUGACGAGCCAGAUGCUGAAAUUCUCUUCUCCAGUUUAGAGAGGAGCAGCACGAUUCUGAUCAUUAACUAUUUUUGGUGCAUUUUUACUUUUUUUUUUUCUUGGACAGGUGACUUGCACUGCCAGUCAGGUUACAGCUCCCUGUAGUACUGUCUACCCCAGAGUUGGCAACCAAAGUGUACAUAGGACUAUUUAUAUGAGGGGUUUUUUAUUCUGGCCAUUUUUUAUUGGACUGAGUUCAGUUCUAGCAUUUGUUAUAUGAAUUUAACUGAUCUUCCUUGGUUGUUUUAAGUUCUCAGCCAUGCUUUAACAAAAGUGAGUUCCAAGGGGCAAUUUUUACAAAAGUAUUUGUUUUGGUAAAGAGAGUUUAUAUAAAAGUGUGUGCUCUAACACACUGAUAACCUGUGUGACCUACUGAUGAAAGAAGUAAAUGUGUAUAAUUAGGAGAGUACAAAUGGGAUAAAUUUCAUCUCCUUCUUCCAGUAUCCGUAUGUAUGAUGUAUAUUAUAUAUAUUAUGUUAUUUGCAACCUAUAUCCACCUCAGUAACCAGUCUUCCACAAAUACAGUGAGAGCUUGAUGAUGGAGGGGGGGAGGUGGAAAUCCAACUCUCUAUGCCAGAAGUAAUUUAUUUUUUUAACCUUACCACGUUGGAACAGACUUUGGCAGCUAGUUUGCAAUAUUAGUCUCCUUGAAAGCAGGUCUGGGUCCAGUCUCCAGUGGCUCGUUGAUCCUGUUCACUACCACCACUUAGAACAUAAAUGUGCUUUCUCUGUAGGUCAGUAGUUACAAUGUAGGUACUGCUGGCAGAUGCUGAGCAGGGAGUAGGUAAUUAUAUUUCCUUAACCUACAGAAUGAAUUUAAAUCAGACCUGCUCCUUAACUGAAGUAGAACUGGUUUAGAACACCCAGCCUGGUCUGAUUUGGAGAAUGUUUAUUACUUUUACUCCUCAUUGUCACAAAGCAGUGUACUUGGGUGCUGGCUGUUUCUUCUGGUCAGUGACUAUAAAUGAUUUUUAAAAACUAUGCACGUGGUGUAGUGGAAUUCCAAAGCAGUCAGGAGACACCUGUUUGGUGCCAUGCUUGGCCCUGAGCUGCAUCUGGAAAUUCAGAGUCAUGGAAGAGAUCUGGAAGGGGCUUGUAGAGAGAACCUAUUUCAGCUCCCUCAGAAGGAACUACCCUGGCAAAUGUUUACUCUGAUUUAAAACUUCCAAUACCAGGAGUGCCACGAAUCCCUCAAGUAGUUCACUCCAGUUCUCUGCUGUUCUUGCAGCAAUUGGAAAGUUGGGAGUUAUUUCCUGAAUCUAAUUAACCCUCCCUGCCUCAUUGUAAACCUCUUAAUACUUGUCUUCUGUACGGUCACAGAAAAUUCAAUGACCUUUUUUUUUUGCAGCAAUCUUUUAUUCAGAGAUAGCUGUGAUUUCUGCCCUCAUUCUUUGUCUUUUGUAAACUGAAUAAAGUAGUUGAGAAGAAAAAUGA